AUGCUAGCACUGAGUAGGCUAAUGCCUAAUAUCGGCGGACCAAAGGAAGCUAGACGAAAACUAUUGGCCGCUUUCGUUCAGUCUGUCAUCCUUUACGGAGCACCGGUGUGGGGCCCGAGCUUUGAAUAUUCCAAGCAGCGUACGGACCAACUCCUGCUAGUAAAACGUCGUUCAGUGCUAUGUUGCAUCUGUGCGUACCAGACGAGGUCCCAGAUAGCGGCCAAUAUUAUAGCGUCAAUGCCUGCCAUUGAUCUUCUGGUGACAGAACGUUCAGAAAUUUACAGACACAGAAGAAACACUGCAUUUCCGGACAACGGUACCGCAAUGGAGACUCCAGCCUGGCGCCGAAUUACAAUACAACGAUGGGUACGCCAACUGGAUUCCGCGGAGAAAGGGGAGUGGACGAGUGGACCAAGACGAGAGCCCUUAUCAGAAACAUAG